CUUCUCCUGAGAGCUCAGAUCUCCUAGAACCCUGAGGAGCUGCCCUCUUUUGAUGCUUGCAGGAGCGAGUCAGCGAUGAUUUUGUGGAGAUACUGAAGGCGAUGGUGGGGGAGCCCAAUGUGUCUAUAGCUGCUGCAGUGCGUGAGCAGCAUGGUCAUGAUGAGUCUAUGCACAGGUGCAGCCCCCCAGAUGCAGUUGUCUGGCCCCAGAAUGUGGAGCAGGUCAGCCAGCUGGCAGCCUUGUGCUAUGAUCACAACAUUCCCAUUAUCCCCUUUGGCACUGGGACAGGGCUGGAAGGUGGAGUCAAUGCUAUACAGGGUGGCAUCUGCUUUAACCUCACUCGCAUGGACCGUGUACUGGAGCUGAAUGCGGAAGACUUUUCAGUGACUGUGGAGCCUGGGGUUACCCAUAGAGCCCUUAACUCCUACCUGAGGGAUAGUGGUCUCUGGUUCCCAGUGGAUCCAGGAGCUGAUGCCUCCCUCUGUGGCAUGGCAGCUACUGGGGCCUCGGGGACCAAUGCUGUUCGGUAUGGCACCAUGCUGGAGAAUGUCAUCAACCUGGAAGUUGUGUUGGCAAAUGGGAAGAUCCUGUAUACCUCAGGUCAAGGUCGCCGAUUCCGGAAAAGCUCAGCUGGCUACAACCUGACAGGACUGUUUGUUGGCUCAGAGGGGACCCUGGGCCUCAUCACAACAGCAACACUACGACUGCAUGGCAUCCCUGAGGCCACUGUGGCAGCAAUCUGUCCCUUCCCUAGCAUCCAGGCUGCUGUUGAUAGCACCGUACAGAUACUCCAGAGUGGAGUGCAGGUGGCACGAAUUGAAUUCCUGGAUGACGUUAUGAUGGAUGCCUGCAACAAAUUCAGUGGCCUGACCAAUGUUGUGGCUCCCACCCUCUUCUUGGAGUUCCACGGCUCCAAUCAAGGGCUGAGGGAGCAGCUGCAGAGGGCAGAGGAGAUCACCCAACAGAAUGGAAGUUCCCAUUUUACAUGGUCGAAGGAACUGGAGGAACGGAAACAGCUAUGGGCAGCUCGGCACAAUGCCUGGUAUGCCACCCUGGCUCUUAGGCCUGGCUGCAAGGGCUACUCUACAGAUGUCUGUGUCCCCAUUUCACGGCUCCCAGAGAUUAUAGUGCAGACCAAGGAGGACCUGAAGGCUUCUGGACUCACAGGAACCAUAGUUGGGCAUGUUGGGGAUGGAAACUUCCACUGCAUCUUAGUGUUUAACUCCGAGGAUGCUGAUGAAUACCGCCGAGUGAUGGAGUUUGGGAAACAGCUGGGGAGGAAGGCACUGGCCAUGAAUGGGACCUGCACUGGGGAGCAUGGCAUCGGAUUGGGCAAACGCCAGCUACUGAAGGAGGAGAUUGGCCCGGGAGCCAUGGAGACCAUGAGACAAAUCAAGGCAGUCUUGGACCCCAAGAACCUCAUGAAUCCCGGCAAAGUGCUGUGAAGGCCAUCCUACCACCUUAAUCAACUCAGGGAUUUGGUGGGGUGGGGGCUCUGUGUGGCAAAGUCUUCAAUAUAGAAGAAUGGCUGAUCAUAACCUUUUACUUGGGCAAAAAUCUCACCUUAGUCCUGAAAUCACUGGUUUAGGUCACCCUUAAGUAUCCUAGGGAAAUAGGAGAGCCAGAGGAGAGGGCUUACUGCUUACUGAUCUUGGCUGGCUCAGCCCAGUCAGUUUGUCCAUCAUGGUUUUUCUAAGUAAACCUUUUAGAAUUACUCUUUUUAAGGCUCUCUCUUCUCGACUAGAAGUUGUGGGGAAGGGAGGGUCAGGGUUGGGGUCCAUCCUGUGUCGUUAGGUUUCUCCCUCAGCUUAGGGCCCUAACCAACAGCCUCUCCCUCCCCCUCCCCUUGCUCUGUGACUGACAGUGAAACUCAUGGGGGGAAAGGCUAGAGCAUGGUCUGUAGGCAAGGUAGCCUGAGUUCCCAAGAUUUCUGGAAAAGGAAUCAUACCAUCUUAUGAGCUAGAGGGUCAUCUAAUCAAACCUUCUGCCCCAUGCCAGAAUCCCCUCUAUGAUCUCCCUUCACAGGGAAGGACCUCAUUGUUUCUGGAAGACAAUUUAUGACCUCACAAGAUGGCCCAUUCCAUUUGGGGUCAAGUCUAUUGGAAAGUUCUUCCUUGUGCCAAAAUGCAUGUCUUUGUAAAGUCCAGCUGUCAGUCUCAGGUCUGCCACACACCAUGUACCUAAUCUCUCUUCUGCAACAGUCCGUGGAGAGCAACAUUCAUUUCCUCUGAGCCAAACAGCCCAAGUUCUUUCACCAAUUCUCACAGGGCAGUUUCCAUCUCAGUAGCCUUCUGUUGGACAUGUCCCAGUCUGUGAAUAUUCCUUUAAAAUACGACUCCUAAAAGGGAGCACAUAUUCUAAGAAUGGUCUGACAAAAUCAGGAUUCAGUGGGUUUACCGAUCAACUCUCUCAUUCAGAACAUUAUACUCAAAUUAGGCUUUAGCUUUGGGGUUCAUUGACACACCAGAACAGUCUCGUGGCCAGGGACAUGGUAGCCUUGGAUCUUCUGCAGUUUCCACAUGACCAUUUUACCAAGGAAGGUUAAGGUGCCCAAGGGCCAUAGCUAAAAGGAGAAUCCAUUCCUGAUUUGAAACAUACUUCCUGUAUUCCCAUUACUGAACCACCAAUAUGUUGUUUUUUUUUAAGAACUCGGUGCCAGUUAUUCAAGAGGGGAAUGUAAUGCGUGGCAGUAGAAAGAAUCAGAACUUGUGUUCUCAGAGCCAUCUCUUCCACUCGUUAGCAAUGUAGCCAUUGGCAAAUCACUUCCCCUCUCUGGAGUUGUUUCUUCAAAUCUAUAAAAUAAUUAACUGGACUAGUGAUGACUAAGAUUCCUGCUGGUACUACAUUUCAGUGGUAUGUACCCCCUUUGAGAAAGAAGUGAUUGUAUUCCAAUAAUAAAUCAAAAUAAAAUAAACCAAAAAACAAAUUCCAACAUCUA